AUGCCGGAGCCAGUCACCCUUCCCCUGACUGGCAGGCCUGGAGGUACGGUUGAGCGGCAGAAGGUUGGAAGUAAUGCGAUCAAGCGUUGGGUAUUGACGGGAGGUUGGCGCGAUGCUCUCUUCAUCAACGAGCCCGAUUUACAGUAUGCCCGUGUCUCCCUGAUUGGCGCCUAUUGUAAUUUUCUGGAGCAGAUUGCGAUCGAACCCGAGAGUGGUUGUGUUAAUGACACCAAGCAGCUGUCGAGUCUGACACGCCCGGUUGCGUCAGAAACUCUUGUUCAUCACUGCUUGUCUGAGCAAUCUGGUCAGUCUAAAACUGCACAUCGCCUUGCUCUUGACUUCUACCGUCAAUCUGAGUCCGAUUCCGAUUCCGAGACUAUCUCCAAGCGUGUGUCCGAGAUCGACUUCGAGCCCGAGGACCGAAAGGAUUGGCCGGUCGACAUUGCCACUGAUAUCUUUGCUGGUCCGUAUCUGUCUUCCAUCCUGAUAGACACAGCAUUUGGUCCUGUGCCCGAGGGCAAGAACUGA